GAAAAUGAUGCUUGCAAACAUGACUAUUUAGUGUUUAUUUAACUCUCAAACAACCCUAACCCCUCCUUCCUUGACAACCAGACACGCCCCCUCAGCUGCCACACAACACUGACGGUUUCGUUCAGCCAAUCAGAGCGUUGAAUGGCAAAAGUCAGCCAAUCAGCCGCCCAAAGAGGCGGGGUUACUUUAUGCGUUUUAAAAAGCAGACAGUGUUUUUCUCCCUUGCCUCUCGGCGUUUCCCUCAAACUAGUUCUUACUAGCUGAGUCUUACUAGGUUAGUCUUACUAGCUGAGUCUUACUAGGUUAGUCUUACUAGGUUAGUCUACAGACAUGCUUGGACCUCCACGCUGAUAAAGAUGCACGCCACACGAAGCCCCUCCUCCAUCUCGGCCACGCCCCCCGGAGGCGCCUUGGACCUCAGCUUGUCCGGCUCCCGACUCGCCAUCAGCAGAAGACCCGGCAGCGCCUCGCCCGGCAAGUACUUGGCCCGCUCCGUGUCCGUGUCUGUGGCCAGCGAGGGCCGAGGGAAGGCCAACACUCAGAGCGAUGCCUUCGGUAGUUUGCGCUCCGUCAAGAACCUGAGGCGAUCCAACAGCACCACUCUGGUCAACCAGCACACCCACGCUGCUCUCAGUCCAGACCAGAAUGGCGACUACCUGACCCUGCUGGACUGCGGUGCCGAAAGCCCAAAGAAAGUGGGCGGCCUCGGCAAGGCGUCGCCAGACAGAACCACAUGGAACAUUCUGGAUGACCAGCCUCGAGCAACACCCCCACCUCUAGGCGCCCGCGGCAGCGCCGACUCGCCCACCAGCCUGAAGAGAAGAGACGCCUCUGUGGCGGCCACUUUCACCGCCAACAACAGGAGCAACAAGGGCGCUGUGGGGAACUCGGUCACCACCAUCUUGCACAACAACCACGCGGAGAAGCCGCUCACGCCCAAAAGCUCCAACCAGAGGCCGGCCUUCAGCAACAUCCUGAAAGCCACGGCCAACGAUGACGUGUCUCUGGAGAACAGCUCGCUCACCAAAUCCCAGAAGAACUUCUCCGCUUCCUCCAACAACAGAAGUCCAGCCCAGCGAGGCAGUCCUGUCACGCCGCGCCGCAGCGAGGUGACUGAGGAAGAGGCGGAAAGGUUCAUCCAGCAGGUGAACCAGGCCGCCGUCACCAUCCAGCGCUGGUACAGACGUCAUGCCAGGAGGCGCCUCGCCAACCAGGCAGCGCUCAGACACGUGCUGGACUGCAAGAGAAAGGAGUGGCAGAAGCGAGCGGAGGGUCACCUGGAGCCGCCCAGGGAUGACCGGAAACGAAUUCGUGAAGAAAAAGCCCGGCAGGCGCGCCUGGCCGCCAUCCAGGAGCUCCAGCUGAAACGAGCCCAGCAGCAGGGCGCCCAGUCCGACCUGGAAAAUGGAAGGCAGAGCGCCGUCGCCGGAUGUAAGAAGACGCCAAAGAUUUACCCCAGAAACCCAAGUCCAAACUCACCUGGCAACCUGGGCUCCAUGUCCCCGACCGACGGCAAGGCCAACAACACAGACUUCCAUCUGAGUGUUGAAGCCGACGUGAGUGAACUCAGCUUCAGAGCAGCGUCUCCGGCUGUGUCCAAUCACAGAGCCUCGCCAUGUUUCCAGGAGCGCGGCACGGAGGACGCUGAGCAACAGCAGGACAGGAAGUUGACGCGUCAGAUGAGAAGUCGCUUGUCUCGCCUCGCCGUCACCAGAACGAGCGCUUGUGAUGAGCUGCAGCAGGCCCAGGAGGCAGAGCUGGAAAAGCCAAGGUCAGCUGGAAGCAAGACCAUGUCACUGAGCAACAGGAGUCCAUGUUCACCCAGGAACCUCAGCCCCACGGACCUCAAAGCCAAAAACACAGAAUCCAAUCUGAACGUUCCCAUCGACUUUGGCGAGCUGUCCUGCUUCAGAGCCGUCUCGCCGCCGUCCAAUUGCAGAGGUUCUCAGUGCUCCCAGGAGCCUCCUCGCACCUCCUGGGGUGCGGAGGAGCAGCGGCAAGCCGCCUCAUCCGGCGUGGCAUCCAAGUCUGCGCUCAACGACCUGCUGGACACGCUGAAGCUGCUGGAGCAGGAGCCUGAGCCCAAAUGUUACCGCAAAGAAAAGUACGCUUGGAUGGAUUCCCAGGACGGCGACGCCAACUCUCUGACCGCGGACAACCUGGAGCGCCACGGCCAGCUCAGCCUGCCGCCGCCGGACGGUGCGGCGCUGCUGACCGAGGCCAAGCUGCAGAGCAUCAUGAACUUCUUGGAUGAGAUGGAAAAGUCGGAGCAGGAGCGACCACGCUCCGCCACCUCGGGCUCGCAUCGAGAGGCCGUCUUGGUGGAGGAGGAGCUGGCCGUGAUGGACCAGGUGUCUGCCACCGCCGCCGAAGUGUCCGGGUCCAUCAUGAGGAUGAAAAUGGAGCUGGAGGAGAAGAAGCGUGUGGUUCUGAUGCUGCAGAACGCUCUGGCCCAGCAGAGGGAGCUGACGGUCCAACACGUGAAGGAGACGGAGAAGGAGCUCAGCCGCAACCUGCAGCUGCAGAAGGACCAGUACGAGGCCACGGUCCAGAGACACCUGGCCUUCAUCGACCAGCUCAUCAGCGACAAAAAGGCGCUGAGCGUGCGAUGUGAGGGCGUGCUGGCCGAACUGAAGCAGGUGGACAACAAGUACACCAAGAAGAUCUCGCAGAUGGAGGCGCAGCAUGAAAUGCCUCCUUCCUGGCAUGUUUGUCCUGCUCCGCCUCCUGGUCUGACAUCCCCCUCCCCCACCCAGGAGAUCAAGAAGCUGAAGGAACUGAUGAGCGUGACGGAGAAGAUCCGGCGAGAGAAGUGGAUCGAUGAGAAGACCAAGAAGAUCAAGGAGAUUACAGUCAAAGGUUUGGAGCCGGAGAUCCAGAAGCUGAUCUCCAAGCACAAGCAGGAGCUGAAGAAGCUGCGCUCGCUGCACCAGGCGGAGCUGCUGCAGGCGGAGCAGCAGGGCAUGCAGACCUGCGCUCGCCAGUGUGAGGAGCUGCGUCAGCAGCUGGAGAAGGAGAAGGAGGAGCAGUGCCAAAAGGAGCGAGAGCUGGCCAGACAGAGCGUGGAGAAGCAGCUUCACGAGGAGGAGGUGUCCCUGCAGCAGCACAGGAGGCGUCUCCACAAGGAGGUGGCCGAGGAGAAGGAGCGGCUGGCGCAGCUGGCGGACAGGCAGCGCUGGGAGAUGGACGAGCUGAGGCGACAGAUGGAGGAGAACGCCAGCGCCGCUGGGCGCCUCCUCAAAGAGGAGCUGGACAAGACCAGAGAGGAGCAGGCCCGCAGACACCAGGCGGAGAUGGCGGCGCUGCGGGAGCACUUUGACCAGGACAAGAUGAACUGGGAGGAGGAGUUCAGGCAGAAGCAGGAGGCGGGGCUUCUAAAACGCCAGCACGAGCUCCGAGAGGAACUGCGUCGGGAGCGCGACAAAGAGAUCGAGCUCGCCAUUUGGACGCUAGAGGAGGAGACUAACAAAGACAAGGAGGAGAGCGAGAGGGUGGCCGAAAACAGGGUGAAGCGUGUAAGGGAGACGUACGAGGCGGAGCUGCAGGAGUUGGAGCGCUCUCUGAGGGCGGCGGUGGCCAAGCAGCAGGAGAUGAGGAAGCAACAUGCGGAGACAGAAGAAAGUCUGGUCCAAGUGCAGGAGCUGCUGGCCCAGAAGGAACAGGAAGUGGAACAAGUCACACAGGUCCGAGACCAGCUGCUGGAGGAGCGCCACAGCCUGCACAAGUCCAUCCAACAGGACUUUGCUGAGCGUCUGAGGGCGGCGGAGGAGGACAAGCGCAGGAUGAAGGUGGAGGUGUCCGAGGCCCACGCCACGCUGCAGUUGGAGCUGGAGAGGGUGACCAAGGAGAAGGAGGCGGAGCUUGAUGAAGUCCACCAACGAGUGAAGUCGGCCAUCUUGAAAAAAGAAGACACAAUCAACGCUCUGCGAAGGCAGAACGAGGUUGCUGUGAAGAGGGCGGAGCACCUGGAGGCGCUGUGGGAGGAGCAAAGGAGGCAGCUGCUAGAGAAAUGACAGGCCCCGCCCACCCCGUAAAGUAGUUUAUGGCGCCCCCCCCACCCACGCCUAGGUUCCCGCUCCAUGUCCGAGAACAUCUGCAGACGUUCCAACAAGCACAGGCAAGUCUGCUGGUGGGUGGAGCCAUCGUGAGUCACCUGUCCCGGGUGGAAGGGGGCGGGGCUUGUUUCGAGAAUGUCGUCAGAGGGGAGGAGAGACGAGUAGCGGACGUGUUGGUGAUGGCGGGAAGCAGGAAGUAGAUGGAAAAUGUUUGUAGGGAAUGCAGGUCAUGUGACCACCCAAUCAAGGACACACAGGCUCCGCCCAUCAGGAAGUGAAGUUUGUCAUUUUAUUUAUUUUUAAACACGCUUUUCUAAUGACUGGACUUCCACCGCAGAACACAACAUUUCCAUCUCCAACAAACGCACACACAGACACACACAAGCUCACACACGCACACAAAACCAUACUCACGUGCACACCCAAUGAUAUACACACACAAAGACACACACAUGCAGACACAUCUGAAACACCCACCUUCAGAUUUGCACACACACACACACACACACACACACACAUGCAGAUACAUCCAAAAAGACACACACACACAUGCAGAUACAUCCAAAAAGACACAAGCAUAACACACAGACCCACACAUACUCUCUCCAAAAAGAUACACACACACACACACAUGCAGAUGAAUCCAAAAAGACACAAACAUUACACACAGACACACACACACUCUCUCCAAAAAGAUACACACACAGACAGACACGCACGUACACACACAUCCAAAAAGUCACACACACAUGCAGAUACAUCCAAAAAGACACAAACAUAACACACAGACACACACAUACUCUCUCCAAAAAGAUACACACACAGACAAAGACACGCACACACACACACACACACAGAUACAUCCAAAAAGACACAAACAUAACACAGGCACACACAUACUCUCUCUCAAAAGAUACACACACAGACAAAGACACACACACACACACAUGCAGAUACAUCCAAAAAGACACGCACACACACACACAUGCAGAUACAUCCAAAAGGACACAAACAUAACACACAGACACACACACACUCUCUCCAAAAAGAUACACACACAGACAAAGACACGCACACACACACACACACAUCCAAAAAGACACACACACAUGCAGAUACAUCCAAAAAGACACAAACAUAACACAUAGACACACACAUACUCUCUCCAAAAAGAUACACACACAGACAAAGACACGCACACACACACACACACAUCCAAAAAGACACACACACAUGCAGAUACAUCCAAAAAGACACAAACAUAACACACAGACACACACACACUCUCUCCAAAAAGAUACACACACAGACAAAGACACGCACACACACACACACACAUCCAAAAAGACACACACACAUGCAGAUACAUCCAAAAAGACACAAACAUAACACAUAGACACACACAUACUCUCUCCAAAAAGAUACACGCACACACACACACACACAGAUACAUCCAAAAAGACACAAACAUAACAAACAGGCACACACAUACUCUCUCCAAAAAGAUACACACACAGACGAAGACACACACACACACACACACGGAGAUGCAUCCAAAAAGACAAACACAUGCGGAUACAUCCAAAAAGACACACACAUGCGGAUACAUCCAAAAAGACACGCACACACACACACUCAGAUACAUCCAAAAAGACACACACAUGCGGAUACAUCCAAAAAGACACGCACACACACACACUCAGAUACAUCCAAAAAGACACACACAUGCGGAUACAUCCAAAAAGACACGCACACACACACACUCAGAUACAUCCAAAAAGACACAAACAUAACACACAGACACACAUCUGUCUCCAAAAAGAUACAGACAAACACACGCAGAUACAUCCAAAAAGACACAAACAUAACACACAGACACACACAUACUGUCUCCAAAAAGGAUACAGAGACACACGCACACACAGAUACAUCCAAAAGGACACAAACAUAACACACAGACACACACACACUCUCUCCAAAAAGAUACACACACAGACAAAGACACACACACACACACAUCCAAAAAGACACACACACAUGCAGAUACAUCCAAAAAGACACAAACAUAACACACAGACACACACAUACUCUCUCCAAAAAGAUACACACACAGACAAAGACACGCUCGCACACACACACACACACACAGAUACAUCCAAAAAGACACAAACAUAACAAACAGGCACACACAUACUCUCUCCAAAAAGAUACACACACAGACGAAGACACACACACACACGGAGAUACAUCCAAAAAGACACACACAUGCGCACACACACACACUCAGAUACAUCCAAAAAGACACAAACAUAACACACAGACACACAUCUGUCUCCAAAAAGAUACAGACAAACACACGCACACACACACGCAGAUACAUCCAAAAAGACACAAACAUAACACACAGACACACACAUCCUGUCUCCAAAAAGGAUACAGAGACACACACACACACACAGAUACAUCCAAAAAGACACAAAAAUAACACACAGACACACAUACUCUCUGCAAAAAGAUACACACACACACACACACAGUGCUGUGUUACACGCUGAAUAAAGUUAAAUUUGUAUGAUUUUA